UAUACCAAAAAAUAGUUAAAGUCGCGUCUGAAAUUAGAUAAUUACAAUCAGUAGUAUUUAUAAUGAACAUAUACAACAAAUUGCGUAGCAGAGAACAUGGACUGGCCAAUGAGCGUACUUAUGAUUUUGCGCUGAGUCGCCUGUGCGUGUCCAGGCAGGACAGCUGGCAUGGCAUUGCCCCAGCCAACUACAGUCCGGACUUUAACCCAGAGCCGCCCAUAUUCUCAGCCAAGUUUGCCAACUGCGAUGGCUACAGACACAUUUUGGCCAUCGCCAACGAGGAUGGCAAGAUUGCGCUGCAGGAUACCACAGAGCGUAACCAGGAGCCUGAGGAGCAGUCGCUGAGUGCGCCACAGUGUCAUUUCAAUGCCGUUUUCGACCUGGAAUGGGCGCCAGGGCAGAUGCGCUUUGUGUCCGCCUCCGGUGAUCACACGGCUCGUCUGUGGGAGGUCGCCGGCUCUGGCAUACGUGGUCUCAAUUCCUAUGUGGGCCACACACGUUCCGUGAAAACAGCCGCGUUUAAGCGCACGGAUCCAGCAGUGUUUGCAACAGGCGGACGCGACGGUGCCAUCCUCAUCUGGGACAUUCGGGCUAACCUUAAUAUGGAUCUGACUUCACGCGUCGACAAUUGUAUUUACAGCGGCCACACUGGUGGUCCGGGCACGCCACAAUCUCAACGGAAACAGCGCACUCGCACGCCCAAAAUGGCAAACAACAGCAACACCUCCAGCAGCAUUACGGGCUUGGCCUUCCAAGACAACGAUACGCUCAUCUCAUGCGGUGCUGGCGAUGGCGUCAUAAAAGUGUGGGAUCUGAGGAGAAAUUAUACCGCAUACAAAAAAGAGCCGCUGCCGCGUCAAAGCUUACCCUAUGCGGGUCAAUCAACAUUUAAGGGCUUCACCAAUCUUAUUGUGGAUGCGGCGGGCACACGUUUGUAUGCCAAUUGCAUGGAUAACACCAUCUAUUGCUACAAUUUGGUUUCAUAUGCGCCCAAGCCGCUGGCCUGCUAUAAAGGCCUGCUCAACUCGACUUUCUACAUCAAAAGCUGCCUCAGUCCGGACGGCAAAUAUCUGCUGAGUGGAAGCAGUGAUGAGCGCGCGUAUAUAUGGAAUCUGGAACAUGCGGCUGAGCCGCUGGUUGCAUUGGCGGGUCACACUGUCGAGGUCACGUGCGUGGCAUGGGGCGCCACACAUGAUCGUCCGAUUGUCACCUGCAGCGACGAUGCGCGCCACAAGAUCUGGCGCAUCGGGCCUGCGCCGGAGACAUUGACAGCCGCUGAGGUAGCGGAACAAUAUCGCGGCCAGGCGAGCUAUGUACGUCAAUUCGAUAGGCAACAGCCAAAGGCUGCAACACAACAUAAAUAUAAUCUCAGAGAUCUGGAGUCCACGCCGCGCUCACUUAAGCGUCUCAUGGAUAUGAAUGAACGCACGCCCAGCUCUGUAGAAAAGACGACCAUCAAGCGUUCCUUUCUGGAGAUGCUAGGCGCGACAAGUAACGAUGCAAACAUGGAGCAGCCGCAACAGAAGCGCACAAAGCCACUCGAGUCCAGGGGUCGACGCUUAUUUGGACCAAGCUGCACCAGCAGCCAGCAGCUACCUGCUAUUGGCGAGGAGGAAUGCACCAUGCCCGUCUGCAAUCAGGAGAAUGCUGCCGACGACAUCUCGCCGCUAACCUGCACAGCUGCAGCAGCUAGUCGAUUGCAGCAGCCAUCGCCACUUAGUGAGCAUCAUUUAAAUCACAUUCCGUACACCUCGCCACCCACAACAUCAGCGCAAGCGGCGGCGGCAGCAAACGCAAGCUCCACUUCGCCAACCGCGCUCUCUUUAAUUUACUCGCCCACCUCGAACCUGCCCAACUAUGUGCUGGACGGCGAGGCGCCGCAUUUGGGCAUCAUGUCGCCCAAACGUAAAGCCAAAGAGAAGGUCGACUGGCUAACCAAAAUACGCAAACAGAAGCUCAUGUCAAACAGCCGGGCGACGCUUACGCUCGCCGAGAAGAUGAGCAUCGAGGAGACGCUCGAUGUAAUGGCCUCGCCCCGUCUACAAAGCCUGCGCAACUCCGAAUGCAGUCCCAGACUGCAGGCCACACCCAGGCGACGCAUAUCACACAACGAUAGCGGCGCCCCACACUUACGCACGCCGACCUCCAGCCGGCGGAACAGUGAGACGACGCUCCUACGUUUCUUCAGCGUUCAACGUAGCAGCGGCAGUGGUAGUGAUGCCUCUGCUGCUGCUGAAGAUGAAACGCCCGGCCAUGUGGAGCUGCCUGUCAUUUCGCCGCCGCAACCAGCAACAGCUACGUUGACGCUGCGCACGCCAACGACUGUCGUCGGCAGCGACUGACACCCAGAUCCGUCUAAUGCACCCAUCCCAUAUAUAGUGUUAACUGGACAUACCUUAAGUUAUUUCUAUGGUAGGUUAAACAGUUCUUUUUAUCUCCAAGUUAAUAAGCACUUUUCACACUUUUGUACAGUACUAACACAAGAUACUAAAUAUAAUUACACAUAUAUAUAUAUAUCAAUAGGAUAUUUUAAUUUA